GUUGACACGCAAACCAGACUUUACCUCUGAGGCGUAGAAUAAUGCCGAGGUCAUAUGAAAUCCUGAUCAAAUAAGCAAUAUUUUAUUGAUUUUUUUAUUGAUCGAUUUUUUUCCCACCAAAAUGACUCGACUCGCCAAGACGGAUUCCUCUGCACGGCACGUCUCGACGAUGAAAAAAUAAUCCACGAUGAAAUGAGACUUUAGGAAUGAACAGAAAAAUCUGUCAUCCUGAACAGCGUUGGCUGAGACGACGACUCAAUACCUAAACGCCCGGAUGAGAGCAGCAGGCGACGUUCACGGCAACAUGGUCGCAUGACUCGACCGAGUCGAGGGCAACAAUUCCGGGGGGACGACAACCACUGCUGGAAUCUGUGACAUUUUCGACGCAACCCACGGAAGACGGUUCUGGGAAAAUACAAGCAGCGAUAGAGGCGUGGAGGCGGAGAGGAACGGCACAUUUCCCCCCGUGUGGUGUCCUAUUUCGUUGGUGAAGGAUCGUGCAGACCGUCUGUCUCACACUAAGCUAUGGCAUGCUCCCUGCACCCACCAUCACUAGUCUCCAAUCUUUGGACUGAGCUCCAGACGCUUAGUUAGCGGCUGUGCUUCUCCCCUCAAACUCUUUAUAACCAGGGGACGAAGAAAGGAGUGGGCUAACUGCAAGUCCUCCGCUAAAAGCGCACAAAGCACUUCUGUUUUUUUUUAUUUUUUAGAAUAUUUAAGCUAGUUUUUUCUCCUGUUGGAUUUUUUUUUGAAGUCACAUCAAGAUGGAUCUGGAGGCGUAUCUGUGGAUGGUGAUCCUUGGCUUCAUCAUUGCCUUCAUACUGGCCUUUUCAGUGGGCGCCAAUGAUGUGGCCAAUUCGUUCGGCACGGCUGUGGGGUCCGGCGUGGUCACACUCAAGCAGGCCUGCAUCCUGGCAUCGAUCUUCGAGACGCUGGGCUCGAUGCUGCUGGGGGCCAAAGUGGGCGAGACGAUUAGAAAGGGCAUCAUAGACGUCAGCCUGUACAACGAAACGGUGCCCAUACUCAUGGCAGGGGAGGUCAGCGCCAUGGUCGGGUCAGCAGUCUGGCAGCUAAUCGCCUCCUUCCUCAAACUGCCCAUCUCUGGCACUCACUGCAUUGUUGGCGCCACCAUCGGCUUCUCCAUGGUCGCCAUCGGCACCAAGGGCGUGCAGUGGAUGCAACUUGUUAAGAUCGUGGCAUCGUGGUUCAUCUCCCCUCUGCUCUCUGGACUCAUGUCUGGACUCCUCUUCCUGCUCAUCAGACACUUCAUCCUCAGCAAGGAUGACUCCGUCCCCAACGGCCUGCGAGCACUGCCCCUCUUCUACGCCUCCACUAUUGGGAUCAACACAUUCUCCAUCUUGUACACUGGAGCCCCAUUGCUUGGGUUAGAGAUGCUACCGGUGUGGGCCAUCUUCCUCAUCACUUUAGCAGAGUCGCUGAUCUGUGCAGCUCUGGUCUGGAUAUUCGUCUGUCCCUGGAUGAGGAGGAAAAUAGCAAGUCGUCUAAAGAAGGAGCAGGCUCUGUCCCGGAUCUCUGAUGAGAGUCUGGACAAGAUACCUGAAGAAGAGGAGGAGAGCCCCGUCUUUAAGGAGCUACCGGGGGCCAAGGGCACUGAUGAGGCUGUGCUGCCGCUCACGGGGGGCAGCAGUGAACGGAGUACCCGCGACUCCAGUGGAGAGCUCACCAACCUGGCAAACGGAGGCAAUGUCCUGCCAAACGGCAGGGUGUAUGGCCGGACCCACUCGAUGACCAACGGCUGCCUCAAGUCACCCGUCUCUAAUGGCAGCUUCAGCUUUGAUGGCCACAUGCGCAGCGAUGGCCAGGUGUACCACACAGUGCACAAAGACUCAGGCCUAUACAAAGACCUUCUUCACAAAAUCCACCUGGGCCGCAUGGAUGACAACGAUCGCUCCGGCUCCAACGCUGGACCGCCAGACAACAAUUACCGCCUGCUGCGGCGCAACAACAGCUACACCUGCUACACAGCCGCUAUAUGUGGCAUGCCCGUCCAGCCGCUCAUUCGCACAGAGUCACGCGAUGACAGUGAAAAACUGGUAGGAGAGGGAGGCGGCAGGAGCAACAGCGUGUCCUACUCCAAGAAGAGGGUACGCUACGACAGCUACUCAUCGUACUGUAAUGCCGUGGCGGAGGCUGAGAUCGAGGCAGAGGAGGGUGGAGUGGAGAUGAAGCUGGCCACAGAGCUGGAGGGGGUGGAAGAAGAAGGGGCUCCAGCGCCGAUGCCUCUGGAUGACUUGGUCGAGGAGGACCACGAGGAGAAGGAUAAGCCUGAGGUGUUCCUGCUUUUCCACUUCCUGCAGAUUCUCACCGCCUGCUUCGGCUCCUUCGCCCACGGAGGCAACGAUGUCAGUAAUGCCAUCGGGCCCCUGGUAGCGCUGUGGAUGAUUUACGAUCAGGGUGGUGUAAUGCAGGACGCUGCCACUCCCAUCUGGCUGCUGUUUUACGGUGGUUUAGGCAUCUGCGCCGGCCUGUGGGUGUGGGGCCGCCGUGUCAUCCAGACCAUGGGGAAAGACCUGACUCCCAUCACCCCCUCAAGUGGAUUCACUAUUGAACUGGCUUCUGCACUCACAGUCGUGUUUGCUUCCAAUAUCGGAAUCCCUGUCAGUACCACGCACUGCAAGGUGGGCUCCGUUGUGGCCGUGGGUUGGAUCCGCUCCCAGAAAGCAGUGGACUGGCGCCUCUUCAGGAACAUCUUCCUGGCGUGGUUCGUCACCGUGCCCGUGGCCGGCCUGUUCAGCGCCGCCAUCAUGGCCCUGUUCGUCUACGGCAUCCUGCCCUUUGUCUGAGGGCGCACGGCUGGGAGGGAGAACAGAGGAGGAGGAGAAAGAUAGAGAGAGAGAGAGGGAAACUUGAGUAAAAGUCCUAGCUCGAGUGUCAGGAGGGCAGAUAGAGGAGAGAGGAAAAGAAGAGAGGGAAAGAGUGACGGAGAAGAGAGGAAGCUGCAGAGGUUACGGAUGGAUUGUACUGUGGAUGUGAGGAGGGUUGGUUCAUAUGCUGCCUGGCUCCGUAGUCCAGAGAUCUUUUUUGACUCAUUUGAGUUUCUGAUCGGUUUUUAUUUAUUCUCUUUUUUGGGGUGCAUAAGAAAGUGUGUAACCAGCGUGUUCACCAUACCAUCAAUCUGCUGUACAUAUGACAAUAAUAGGGAGAUUUCCAGUAACUCUUUAACAAGUUCGUUUGAGAAACAGUGGCACCAUUUUCUGUCUCUACAUUAAAAAAUAAUCAUGAGUUUAAAAUAUAAAAAGACAGCACACGACUAAAAAUCAAACGGUUAAUUCUGCACACCUAAACUGCAGUAAAACGCCAUCGUUCUGCCUGCACACCCAGGCAGCAUCAACAGUCAAGUGCUCAAUAUUAUUGUUCCAAAAUGCCAGAAAAAAACUGUACAUAUAGUUGUAUUGGAUUGAGUGUGAUUUGUUGUAUUGCGGCUUGCUUAAAAGUUAAAAAAAAAAAAAGAAGAAAAGAUGUGCGUGUGGUAAACCAACCCAUCCAUCAUGUCACUUUUACCAUGCUAGCCAGGUACAACGAGGGCCAAACUGAAAGGACGCCUCAGAGAGGGGUGGUGGGACUGUCACUCUUUUUUUAUUUUCCACAUGAUACCACAGAAACCUGAUUUGCUAAAGAGUUGAUUUAUGUCAAGAGCUCCUGUAUGUUUUUAGAGAUGGAUCUCAUAUUUUUUAAUGAUGUAAUAUACUGUAAUUUGUACUGUAAAUAAUGUCCUUAAAGAGUUUGGGGGGUGGGAUUUGGGAUCAUGGUUUGUUUUCAACAUGAUUAAGGGGUGGGGGGCUCUUCACCUCUUCAUGAUGUCAUAUUAUACAGUGUUUCAUCCCAGAGGGGACACACACACACACACACACACACACUCACACUCAAUGAACGCGCACACUUGACAAGCUGCUGUUUUUGGGAGGUUGGCAGAAGUAUAUUGAUUGGCCAAUGAACCCGUUCUCAACAGAGGAAACUGAAUAUGUUUCAUAUCUUAUUUCAGUAAAUCCAACAGUUUUGGCAUAAAGUCCUUAUAUUUAAGGUUUCCUUCUUGUGAUAAUAUUUAGGGCUGGGCCAAAAUCAAAUAGUAUAUUUUUAACCAAAUACUUCAAUCAUUUUUUUGAACAAUAUUGUAGGAAAUUGAAAUAUUAAAAUAACUAUUGGUGCCAAAAACACAAAGUAUUUACAAAGUUCUUUAUAAAUAGUCAUCUGUAAUCAGUCCCUCCAGGAUUUAGCAGGCUGUUUUGGGGAUUGUUGCGACCUUCAUGACAGCUUUCUAAGAAUUUGUGAUGCACCUUGCGAUAUUUAUAGUUGUUGGGUUUUUUUGCAAUUAAUUUGCGGGGGCAAGUGAAAAUUGCAUAAAAUUGUUGCGGUUCGGAGCCUUAUAUUAUGAGCAUUCAGAGUUUUUCGUUUCGCUGAAGGACCGUCUCCAUGAGAUGCUCUCCCGAUGUCUCUGCUCCAAUUAGUACGAGCUAACGCAGCGGCUAAUAUCCGACACCAAACCGUUUCCUCAGCAGUAGUCUCAAACACAAAGAAAUGAGAUUUUUACCAAGCGACAACCUCAGAGGCUUAAAAAUGAAGCCAGUGCUGAAGUGCCAACAACUGUAAUUCAUCUAAUGGCCACUUGAGGCUGGACGGGGGGAUAUUUUUGUAACUCACCGUACGUUUUUGUUUUUUUUUUUAAGGCCCAGUUAUGCACAUGUAAGGGCCGAGCUGCUUGACUGACAGGCUGUCUGUUGAUGGCGACCUCGGCUUUCAGUCAGCCCCCUUCUCCUCCACAGUGCCAGCCUUUUGCCCAAAUAUGGUCACCUCAGCUUCCAAAACAACAAUAUGGCGACAACCAAAAUGCUUGAGGCUUCGAAACAGUAGUACACAAACCAGUGUAUGACAUCCGUCAUUCAUCAUCUGUGGAUUUUUCCUGUUUUAAAUUUGCACUUAAGUUGGGUUGAUUGGACAAAAUUGCUAGAUCAGGCCGAAUUCAGGUAUCAGAAUUUGUUUAAAUUGUUGCGACAUCCCGGAGGGACUGAGAAAUGUGAUUAUAAUGACAGUAAUAAAAGCAAAUACUAGUACCACUAGAAAAAGUUCAGAAAAUGAUAUCACUUUACUGUAAAGCAGCUUUAAACCCCAGGAAAAGACAACACUAAUGAUUCUACAAUAUCCAACACCUAAGAUGGUAUCUGGUCUCAUAUCACGAUAUCGAAAGAAUAUCUUGCCCAGUCCUAUUUCAGAUGGGAAGUUUCAUAGAUUUCAAGUAUGAGAUUUAGGUGCAGCAGAAGCGAAAACACUAAACAGACAAAAACACACUCAUAAGGUCCCAUAAAACGUUCACAUUUCUUCAUCCGUAUGCCUUUGUUUUCAUAUAAUUAGCUCAGCUACCGGAGUCAUUUCCUCAUAUCAAAGGCUCCCUGCCAAUGACGGACCUCUACACUGUCCAUGUUAGGGUCAUUUCAGAUCUCCCGCCAUGUUUCGCCGGUCAGAUCACAAGUCUCAGUCCAGGGUGGAUCUGUUUCUGUAGUCCUGAACAUCGGUCUCACACCCCUGGUCAGCCUUGUCGCGCCAGACGGCGAUUUUGUGUCAUAUCAAAACACGUAUUAUAACUCAGCCAGUUAUGCAGAGGUGGAAAGACGGGGGAGUCAACCCCAGCCACACGUGUAGCUCCUCAAAAAAAAAAAAACGGCUGGUUGUUGUUUGAAGCAUAGAAGCAUUUAGUCUAUUGAUCACCUGUGUUUCAAUAAGUGCUAAAGGUUAGAUAGAUAUCAUAGGGUCGAGUUAAGGGCAAUUCAAAGCCCAGUUGGGGGUUUUGAGGUCACUCAUGUCAGAAAAAUAUCUCAAGACAUUUGUCUUUGGAAUAUGUUCGAAUAAGAUGGUUUCGGGGGGAAUAGUACUGAUCAUCACCAGCUUUUUAACAGGGUCGCCUGACCUGUAGAUGAACAAAGCUUUUUUUAUUUGAACAAACUCGAUGCCAGGUGUUGCAAGUUCUCUUUUUUUUGUUCUUGUGGUGUGUUUCCUAAUUUCAUUUUUUGUUUUCUCAUGAACAAAUCUAUGCUUAAGUAGCCACUUGCCUUGUAACAUUGUGUUUUACUUUGUGCAGAUACAGUAAAAUAAUAAGUGGUGUUUACAUCGUAACCAUAUUGUAGAGAAAAAAACUGUUGCCUAAUGAUGCCAAUGAAAGACAAAACUAUUAACCAUGAAUUUUUAAGUGCAAGUAAAAAAAAAAAAACCUGAAGUGUCUAGAGAGAGAGAAAGAGAGCGAGAGCAAGUGUGCGCGCGAUGACUUGUUUUUUGUCGUAGCAGUAGUGCUAAUCAUGAUCCCUGUCACUUUACACUGCUACUACAGUGCGUUAACACUACAUGUAUGGGUGCAAUUCAGUAAUGAAGAGAAUGACUAGAGAAAUUUCAUCAAGACUAUAUAUUUUUCUACCAUAUCUGAGUUUUAACCUGGGUGAGCUUCCAGACACUUUGGAGGACACACUGCGGUGUCGAUGGGAAACUGGAAAACAGGGACGAGUUGUUCUAAGAGCUCUGUGAUACUAAGAAACUUAUUACACAAGCGUCUCGCCUCGCUGGUGCCAUGUGCCACACUUCCUCUAAGCCCGGUGUGUUCUUCUAACAUGUAGAUUGACGUGUCGGUUGCCAAUAGAUCAGAUUUUUAAAUUACCAUUUUUAUUUUUGAAUUUUAGAUGAAAAACACUUUGUAAUUUUGUUUCCCUACUGCUUUUGAUCAUGAGCUGUGAGAGCAAGACGGCAUCUUGCUAAAACCAGGACGACCGCUCGCUGAUGGCGAAAUCUAGAAGCAAAAAUCUCUGUAGUGGAGAAACUUUAAAUCUUAAACUCAGUAACUGAUAACUGGACUAUGAGGACUUUUGUUUCCUUGUUUUGGCAGGUAACCACUCUUGAAGCUCAUACCCUUUCAUUCUUCCACGGGGUGGUUGUUACACGGGGGGCUGCACAGAGCUGGUGUGUUCAAAUUCCCUUUGUACUCUGGAACUGGAGGAAGCACAUUUUAAAAAGAAAUCUCAUGACAGACAAGAGGUCUGGCCUUGUUUCCUAAAAACAUCCACAGUCUAUAGAAGAUCAAAUAAGUCCCCAUUGUCUUUGAAGUGAGCAAAUGUAACCGCUAAUAUAUAAAAUGCAUGUUUUAUGGUAGAGCAACAAACUAACUGAACCGAAAAAGCUAAAAAAGCUUUCAAAUUCAUUUUCUUGUAAUAUUUGAGAACUUUCUCAUUUUAUCCAAGAUACAGCAAUUAUUUUGUUAGCAUGUAACAAGUAGAGGGGAACUCAGAGAGAGCAGAUCAAUGCAAAACAGCAAGCACAACAGCUAUUUAUCUUUGGAUAUAUUCCCAAAACUAUUUGAAUUAAGAUUCAUGGCAAUCAUUUCAAAUGAGUCUAUUUUGCAUUAUAAACAAAAGUUUAAAAAAAUAAUAAAAAUUAGCAUAACCGUCCCAUGAUUUGGAUCAACUCCAAAAUUUAGUGUGGCGUUCCUUGGCUUAUGCUGCACCUUUCCACCAAGUUUCAUGAAAAUCAGGCCUUUUGUUUUUCCAUGAAAAUGCUGACAAACACACAAACGAAACCACAACCUCAUUGGAAAAGGAAAAUACAGCUACCAAGAGUCCUAGCCAAAACCUUGUUGAAUACUAACAAAAUAAAAUAGUAAUGUUUAGAAUAAUUAUUGAACUUGUGAUAUUUAACUCAGAAUAUGGACAAAAAACAAUCAUAUUUCAACUAUUGUCUGGCUGCAGGUGAUAAUGUUUGUUGCCCUCGUGUUUAGAUAGAGUGAGCAAAAAAAUGACACUAAAUCCCCAUUUCUCAAGUUGGAUUAUGAAGCUUAUUUGUGCUUGGACUGAAGUCAGCCAGCGCUUCAGACAUCUGGUUUGUACAGUGACACUGUGCUCUGCAGGCCGCCCCUCUUGUAACUCACACUCUUUUUUUUUUUUGUUUUCCCAUGCAUUCUCAGUCCUGAUAGGCCAAAAGGGAUGCACUGCUCAAGACAGGGACGGAAAGUGAAGAUGGUCCUCUGGUGACGGCGUUAAACUGACCUGAUAGUGAUGGCUAAAACUCUCACAUGGCAAAUUUUAUUGAAAGUAACUAAUCAUACAUGGCAAAUAUCAAAGUGGCGUUGCUAUUUACAUAUUAAAGCCCCUGAAAACGUGUAUUUCUGUGUAAUGUUAGAUAUUAAUAACUGAAAGAACAACUUUUUAAAUUUUAAGUUUGGAUUGCUGUAGGUAUUUAUAAUUUAAUGAUAACACUUGAAAACUCAACUUUUUUUUUAGUGAGACAUGAUUCAAAUGUUGCAAAACUCUAAUUAAUGCACAGAGAUAUGUGACAUGAGACAUCACUUUUUUUAUCCCAACAGAGUGCUGCCACCUUCACACCAGUGUGGAGAAACACAAAAAACACACAUUUUGUCUGUAAAAUAAUGAGAUUUGUCCUAACUUCUGCAGAAAAUAUUGUGCUUAUGUUUGACACAAUUGCUCAGUAAAAAGCUAACCGGGAAAAAAUAUGUUUUCAGGGCCUUUAAAUUAAUAAUUAAAUUGUGAAUUAUAUCUAAAAGUGAAUAUUAAUUCAUACUUGACUAAUUUAUUCUUAAAGUAAAUAAAUCCAAUAAGUAUGCAGGUGAAUUCACAAUAAUCUUUUUAAAAAACAUUGGUCAGUGUUAAAGCAGCCACUAGAUGCCGUAGUCUGAGACUUUCCCUCCCUGUAGAGAGGGACAGCAUUUUAGACCAGUCAGUUUCAGCUGAUCAGUAUCCAUCGACCAAUGGUGUGAUUGCCACUGAGGGAGUGACUGAGCUUCUAUCGCAUUCUAACUGUAUUGUGACUUCUUUGCAGAGAAAAAUGUAAGGAAACAGAUGGUGCCAUUUCUUUCUCCCUGAAUGUGCAAUACAAGCUGUUUCUUGUGAAGGUGCAACUACAUCGCUGUCACUCUGUGGUCGUGUAGCUCCACCUGCCCUGGUGCAAAAGCGCCCUCUCCUGUUUGUACGGAACUAGCACCACCUCUCAGGGGUGGAGGGGCAUCAGUUCAGACCUUCAUCUGGAUGUGGCGUGCUGUCUCUAGUUUUCUGGUCUGUUUUGUAAUAGAAUGUGCUCCUUGGCUGGCCUGCAGGCUUUACAGCUCUGUGUUGUCUUUUUACUGUUUAACUGCUAUUUAACUGU